ACUGAUGAGUGCAGUGUUGUGGACUCGCCUGGCUAUUUCUUCAACGUACGUUUCCUCACGUUUCCUGAGUGCUUUACGAGACAUUUUCUUCCAGAGGUGAAGCCGCACACGUUGGUCCAACAUGUCUGUGGCCGGGCUGAAGAAACAGUUCCACAAAGCCAGUCAGCUACUCAGUGAAAAGAUCAGUGGGGCAGAGGGGACCAAGCUGGAUGAAGACUUCAUGGAGAUGGAGAGGAAAAUUGAGGUGACCAACAAGUCCGUGUUUGACCUCUUGUCCAAAACAACAGAAUACCUCCAGCCUAACCCAGCCUCUCGAGCCAAACUGAACAUGCUGAACACAGUGUCUAAGAUCCGAGGGCAGGUGAAGACCACUGGCUACCCUCAGACUGAAGGCCUGAUGGGAGACUGCAUGCUGCGCUACGGCCAUGAGCUGGGAGACGACUCCGUGUUUGGCUCUGCUCUGGUGGAUAUGGGCGAGGUCAUGAGGCAGAUGGCAGAUGUGAAGGACUCCCUGGACAUAGGUGUCAAACAAAACUUUAUUGACCCCCUGCAGAAUCUACAGGACAAGGACCUCAAAGAGAUCACGCACCACCUGAAGAAGCUGGAGGGCCGCCGGUUGGACUUUGACUAUAAGAAGAAGCGUCAGGGGAAAAUCCCAGACGAGGAGAUCCGGCAGGCUGUGGAGAAGUUUGACGAGAGCAAAGAGCUGGCGGAGAGGAGCAUGUUCAACUUCCUGGAGAAUGAUGUGGAGCAGGCGAGCCAGCUGCUGGCACUGAUCGAGGCGGCCGCAGAGUACCACAGGCAGUCAUGUGAAAUCCUGCAGGAGCUCAGUGGAAAGCUGCAGAAGAGGAUAUCCACAGCCAGCAGCCGGCCCAAGAGAGAGUUCAAACCCAAAUCCAUCAGGAGCAGCAUGGAGACCCUGGACAACAGUCAGCACAACGGCCUGUCCUACAGCUCCUCGCUGAAAUCCACCGAUAUCCAGAUCAACCCCACAGUCAAUGGUAAAACUGAUCAUAUAAACUCUGUUCCACUGUCAUGGCCUGAGAGCCCCACCAUCAAUGGCAAUAUUCACCAGGCCGAGGUGUUGGACCAGCCGUGCUGCCGCUCCCUCUAUGACUUCGAGCCAGAGAACGGGGGCGAGCUGGGCUUCAAGGAGGGUGACAUCAUCAUCCUCACCAACCAGAUAGAUGAGAACUGGUACGAGGGCAUGAUCAGCGGCGAUUCCGGCUUCUUCCCCAUCAACUACGUGGAGGUCCUAGUCCCCCUGCCUCAGUGAAGACCGGCAGCUUGAGUCCUCUAAAGACUCCCUACCUGCCUCAUAACACUCAGCCUCUGUACCCACUCGGCCAGCUCAGCCCGAAGCCGGAAAAGAAUUUCUGUCGUCUGAUUUUCCAAAUGGAGCCAGAGAGGUAGUAGUUUUGUCCCAACCUGACGUAAGAUGAAAUUUUACUGAUUGAAUUGUUUUCUCUGUUGAUAUUUAUGAACCUGAAUCCAACUGAAAACCAAGCCAUUAAGUGGGACACUCUGCCUGGUUGGACCCUUCAUGUCCUUUGGGUCUGACCAAGGUGAAAAUGUCUAGCAGUCGUCAAACGCUGUCGUCCAUCCGAUGACACCGCUCUCUGUUGAGCUAGCUGCUUCUUUUUGCCCCCCCACCUCAAACGGAGGCUCCUGAACUCUGCUUGAUGUUCACCACUGGACAUCGUGACAAAAUUGUUUUGUCACUACAAACAAAUGAUAUGCUUUAAUUUGCAUUAUAGUCACAUACGGAACAUUGUAUUCAUUUCAGGAUAUUUUCCAUCUCUCAUACAGUUACCCCCGAAUAACGAAAGAGGCUAUGUGCUUGUUCUCAGAUCCGGUCAUAGAGGUGGCAUGCACUGUCACGGAUGUCUCGCAUCAUGCUGACAACAUACUAGCCAGCUAAACAGCUAGCAUAAUCCAAGUAUGUAUGUAGUCAGAUGAAUUAGCUUGAUGUUUAAAGAGUUGGUUCACCCAAAUGAUCCCUAGAACCCAGAUUUGAUUUGAUUUGUUUAUUUGUGGUGCACACAGGAUUGAACAAAGACAAUUCAAGCCGUACGGAAGUCAUGUAUUUUAGAAACAUUUUUUUUAUAUACAUUUGUUUGCAUCCCGACAGCAAUCGAUAAAUCAAAUGCUCUGGCAAAAAGAAAAAAAUAAUCUGAUAUCCUGUGGCUGUCACAGGACAGUAAUGAGCCCGGCCCGGAUGAAAUGACUGGACAGGUCACCUGACCGUCUGCUUUCCCGCCUCACUACCUGGGCGCACUCUGCACUCAUUGCGUGUCACCAGAGUCUUCCACAAGCUGGUAGCUUGACAGCUGUGAGUACUGAAAUUCGCCAUGCUCGUUGUUUAAGUUCAUAAUGAUUAUUUUGGGGGCAGACAAAAAAUAGGAUUUGUGUGAACUGACCCUUUUAAAAAGAAAUGAUGAGUCGAUGCCUUUUGAUGUCAUUCAACAUUUCCUCUCUCCCUAGAAAACCUCCAAUAUGGCCGCCACACUACUGUAUUCCACAGAUUUUUGAGUUUUUUUGUAUUUUAAAUAGAAUUUCAUGUUCUGUGUUAUUGUCCAAACACAAGCCUCGUUUUUCUGAGUGCUUACAAGCCUUCAAGUGAAGUCUUACCAAAGUUCAAGGAUUAUUUAAACAAAUUACAGCUUCGUCCUUGUCGUAGUUUUGGCCAUCACCUCUAUCAGUAAAAUAACAUUGUACUCUUUAAGUUACUGAUAUCUGUCACAUGGUGACAUUGCUUUAUAGAAGUCAGAUGGGUCAGGAAACACCUGCAGCCAGACAAUUAGACAGGUUGUGAAGCACUAACUGAUAUGGGUCAUUCAACAGCUGGUUCCCCUCAGCGCUAUAGAUAGAUAGUUGUUGUGGUAAAUGUUAUUUUCCCCCAGGGGGGAGAUUUUCAGCAGAAGUAGAAGAACAAAUCCCACGGUAUAAAGAAAAGUGCAAAGCUAUAAAUCAUCUUACAGCUCAUUGAUUUUGUUUUACAGCCUGUACAUUUACAGUUAUGGUUCAGUCUCACCACUCUCAUCCAUUUGUUUCCAGCAGCAGUAGGCUCUUAUAAAACCACAGCACACAACUGCCUCAGCAUCAGGCAGACAGACACAAUUUGAGACUAGCUGGUGAACGUAGUGGAGCAUUUAACAGCUAAAGAUAAAGAUAUUUUUUCGGAUGUGUCAGUACUGUUUGCUCACAGUUUAAAAGGACACAUGUUCAAAUAUGUGUGUGAUUUUCAGCUUGUUGUGAAGGUCUGCCCCCAAGUGGCCAAAGAAUAACUGAUUUAAUGCUGCUUUAAAUAAGCCCCUAGGUAAGCCAAAUGAAUUUGGAAGAGAAGAUGAAGUGAAAACGGCAAAUUAUUACCCAAACUAUCCGUUACUAGCAUCCAUCUGUUAUGGUGGGCGAGGACCCACAUGCAGGACACUGACCAGAAGUAGGUGAAGUGAUUAGAAGGUGUAUUUAUGGACACAAGGGGGAAGGUAGUGGAUGGACUAUCAGCAAUGCUUCAGGCUCACUUUCAGUUUUACUGUAAAAAAGAAAAGAGUUUAGAUAAUCUGGACACAUUGGUGGCUUUAAGAACCUGCCUUUUUGUUUCUUUCCCUGUUGAAUAUCUGGUAGAAAUGAUGGCCAAAAUUACACCCAAGUUGUUAAAAAUCAGAGUUACCUUUUAAAAUGUGGACUAAAACAUUUGCCUACACAAAAACACUCCAUUCAUUCAUUUAUUUUAAGACAUGCUUUUAUGAAUUUGUGAACGUCUUAAACCACAGCUCUUGGACAGUGAUCUCACCUAACUGGCAGAGUUCAAGUCAUUCCACUGGUAGACAGUCCGCUCUGUUAGACUCUCCCUGUGUGUUGUAACUCUACAUUUCCUCCCCAAACUGACUUUGCCUAUUUUGCCUGCUGUGCUCUUAAGUGUCGUCCAGAACACGUGUUUUUAUGAGUCUGAAGAACUGAAGUGAACUCAUCUCUCUGAAUGUCACUCUCGCGCUCUGAUUACAUGCUCUGACUUAUUGUGAUAUAAUGUAAGGAGCGUAGUGCCCACUCUUUGUCAGACAGGGAUGAAUGCCUUGUCACACUGACACCGAAUGAAAGUGCUUUUUGAAAUGUCGUCUGUAUUGCACUGAAGCUUUAGAAUCUACCUACCACAUAUGUUUAUAGACAUGCACCUUUUUGUUUGUUCGUAUUUUGUUCCUCUUUUUCUUCAGUGUUGCAGUUUGUGUUAUUCACAACAAGGUUAGAAUCACUGCCAUAUCAGAUAUGUGACGUCAAAGUGAUAGAUACUUAGAUUUGUAUAACCACAGAUGUUCUUUGGACUGUACUAUAUUGAAUCCACUAGCUCAAUUAUUGUUAUAUAGAUUGGAAAAGUGAUCCAAUCCAAUGAGGUAGAUGAACCUGUUACUUUGUGAAUCUCCUUCAGGCUCUCUGAAGUGAUAGUGGUAAACUGUAGGAUAAGUAAAAGCCUGUAGUUACUGUGUGGCCAUGCUGAUGAACGUGUUUAUUUAGGAAGUCCUAUCAGGGUUAGGGUUGGUAAAGCACAUUUGUAGCCUCAGUUGUCUUUAGAGUGUUCAGCCAUCAGACAAGAGGGUGGAAGAGACAAAUUACCGUAAAUUGUCAAAGAGAGGCCAAGGCCUUUAUUUACCUCAACUGUAGAUUUUUUAUUUGAAACUUUAUUUUAAUUUUAUCAUAUUUUAGUAAGAAACCUCCUUGUUUUCUGAUCGGCUUCUGUUUUAAUUUGAUGUUGACACAAACUGUAUAAAAUCAGUUGCAUUUCCACAGCACUAGUUCAAUCUGCACAACAACAGAGUCAGGUCAUACUCACCAGCGCCGGAAGAAAUGUUGGCAUUGUACGUUCAUGCAAACCACGAAUAAUGUGGAUGACAACAUUUCUAAAGCAAAAGUUGUUUCAUAAAUACGUUUUAUAUCACGCGAAACGCACAAUACCACAUGGUUAAAGUGUGAAAUAAUUGGUUAAGUGUGGCCAACAAAACUACUUGGUUAAGGUUAGAAAAAAGAUCAUGGUCUUUAUUUAUAAUAGCAUAACAACUUAACUACAGUAAAUAAAUAGCAGCCCAUAGUGGACUUUCCCACAUAACGUUGCAGAAGUGGCAUAACAGCAUUACGUAGCAAUCGUAAAAUCAAUGUUUAGUUUUGGUUUCAUACGGGACACAGUGGUCUCCUGGGUGAAAGUCCUAUGUUUGUUUGUGACUGGGCUUAGUUUCUCAUCUCUAGCAGGAAUAUUGUUUUCCUUCACUAACCUCAAGGAUAUUAUAUAAAGAACCACAUGUUUUUUGUUUUUUUUAAUAUCUUCUGUUCCUGAUAAGCUUUUAGUAGAUAUAUUUGUAGGAAAUGUUGAGUUUCAUAACUUUAAGAAAAAGGCAAAGCAGACGUGAGCAUUUUUUUAAAAGUAUUAAAUAUGACAACACUCUGAUGUUGUACUGAUGGAAUUAGUGCUGUGGAAAUGUACAUUAUAGUGAAUUUACCAGUUUUGCCAUCAGAUUACAGGUAAUAAAAAAAAAAAAUUCAUGUUUAGCGACCUGCCUUUAUUAUAUGACCAUUAUAUGAACAGCGGCUUUUAUUCCAGAAUUUACGGGAAUUAUUCUCAUGAAACUUUUUUUCCCUCCAGAAGUGUGUAGUCUAAUUGGUCAUUUGUCCCAAUAUGAACUCGAAGGAUUCAUUAGGUUUCGUCUUUUAAUGUGUUGUGGACCAACUCAACUUUAUAUACAAUAAAACUUUAGAAAAACUAAAGACAUGUAUGGAUAGCUUGCAAUUUUCUAGAUGUUCAAGAUGUUGCAUGAUACUUUUUUCCCUAAAGAUUGACAUUAUGAAUGUUGGAUACUGGGGAGUUCUUAGCACAGGGUGCCAUCUGCAACACAGCACAACAAAAUACAUCACAGGAAUGUCCAUCAGAAGGUUUAAUUCUGCAUUUCUUCCGGAAACAACAGGGAAGAAGACUGAAACUCAAGAAAUCAUUCGAAAUGCAAUCAUCAUGAACCAAGUGGAACCAUCCAGACUAACCUUCCUUUCCCAAAGUGUUUGACUUUGAUUUAAGAUAGCCUGUUUCACAUUUAUGUUUUUUCCGUUAGCCCCACAGUAUGAAUGCCUGACUUUUGAUACACUAUAACAAGAUCUCUCUCAACACUGUACCUCUGUUUGCCUUUGCAGUAUUCUCCUCAGUAUUCAUUUUACAACCAAUUACAAGGCAAAGCGAACUGGCUGCACAGCUCUGUGUUUCAUUUCUUUCAGUAGCAUAAUUUAUGCAAAAGGUGUUUUAUAGAUGUUGUAAAUUAAUAUAAUAAUAAAUAUAUUGCAUAAAUAAAGACGAGCAAAUAUUAACAUGUGUGUUUUUGUGUGUCUUCAUCUGUGAGUCACACUAUGACCAAAAUGAGUACGUUUGUGUACUUUUUGUUGUGUGGCUGUUUUUCAGG